UCCGGCGUUCCUAGAGCGGCUCGGAAGUGGCCGUGGCUUGCUUCCUCUAAUCGCGCCCGCUUCCGGCACCCGCCUUACAGCUGUGGAUCGCUUUCGCUAGGCAGCUGAGGUUGGGACCUCUCUCCAGGGCUGAUCCUGGGCUGAUCAAGGAGGAAGAAGCAGUGAUGUCUGCCUUAGGGGCUGCAGCUCUGUACCUGCAUCAUCCUGCUGACAGUCACAGUGGCGGGGUCAGUUUUCUGGGGGCCCAGCUCCCUCCACAGGUGGCAGCAAUGGCCCGGCUCCUAGAGGACCUGGACAGAAGCGUGUUCAGAAAAUUACUGAAGCUUGUGGUCAGCAGCCUUCAGGGGGAGAAUUGCCAGGAGGCUGUACAACGCCUUGGUGUCAGUGCCAACCUAUCAGAGGAACGGCUGGGUGCCCUGCUUGCAGGAACACACACAUUGCUCCGGCAGGCCCUCCGGCUGCCCCCCACCAGCCUGAAACCUGAUGCCUUUAGGGACCAGCUCCAGGAGCUUGGUAUCCCCGAAGACCUGGUUGGAGAUUUGGCCAGUGUGGUAUUUGGGGCCCAGCGCCCCUUCCUUGACUCUGUGGCCGGGAAGCAGAGGGCCUGGCUGCCCCACCUUGCUGACUUUAGGUGGCGGGUAGAUGUGGCUAUCUCCACAAGUGCCCUGGCCCGAUCCCUGCAACCAAGUGUCCUGAUGCAGCUCAAGCUUUCAGAUGGGUCAGCAUACCGCUUUGAGGUCCCCACGGCCAAGUUCCAGGAGCUUCGGUACAGUGUCGCUCUGGUCCUGAAGGAGAUAGCAGAUCUGGAGAAGAAAUGUGAGCGCAAACUGCAGGACUGAACCCUCACCCAGCCAGUGUUGCAAUCUGGGAGCAGCUUCUCCUUUCCAUGAAGCAGGCUGUCGAGUGAGUGAAUGUAAGGAUGGAAUUUUCUGUUUAAAUGAAGACAGUUGUGCCUUUUUUUCUUACGGAAGUAAAAACAACUAUUAAAAACAUGUUUCUGUAGGUGGAUGUUAAACUACACACCUGUUCUGUUUAUGGCUGUUGGUCUUUGCUGUUGGGUAUGCCCAUCUAUGGCCAGGUGGAGGUCUAGGGUCCGGGUUAUGGCUCUGAAGAUACCAUGAAGUUGCAUAGCCUCACCUUCUAAAGCACCUGAACUUUCUCUGCUCAUUGUUUUUGUAAAUCCUGUAUUUUGGUGUGGGCAUUUUCUUUUUUCGCAAACAAAAUUUCAGGGCUUUAUUAUUUUACAGAUCCAUUUCUAACUUUAGUGUCAUUAAAAUGCUAAAA